UGUCCACAUCUUUUAUUACAUACACACCCCAAACUCAAACCCCUUUCGAUGAGAACCUUGUGGCCCAACCUCGACGGGGAUGACGGCCUCGAGACAGUCCUGGAGGUCCCCGUCCCCGACGAGAUGUUCGCAGCCGCCUCCAACUCCAGCAAACCGUGGCGGGCUGUCAAGUCCUGGCUCAAGAGCGGCCGCGCCCCCCGCCCUUCCCCGGACUACGAGGCGCGCGCCUUGGAGAUUCAGUCCUUGCUCAGCGUCGUUGGAGCCCCGUUGCUACCCCUCCCGAUCUCCUCUGAUCACGACAUCAAAUCCCACUCCAUCGAAAAAUCGAUGGCUUCAUACAUAGUCCAACAGUAUGUAGCGGCUUGUGGCGGCGCACAUGCCCUCGACUCGAUCGAAAACAUGUGUGCGGUCGGGAAGGUGAAGAUGGCGGCUGAUGGUAGAAAGAUGAAUAAAGGCGCGGGGGAAUUCGGCGGAUUCGUGCUGUGGCACCAGAGCCCCGCGCUGUGGAGUCUGGAGCUCAUGCUUUCCGCUUUCAAAUUAAGCGCCGGCUGCGAUGGAAAGGUCGCGUGGCGCCACACUCCGUGGCGCGCCUCCCGUGCUCCCCCACGCCCUCUGCGCCGCUCCUUGCAAGGGCUCGAUCCAAAGGGAACAUCAGACUUAUUCUCCAACUCCAUCUGCAUCGGCGAGAAAAAAAUCAACGGCGAGGAUUGCUUCGUGCUAAAGCUUGAAACAGAGGCCACAAGAAGCAGCAACAACGCAGAAAUAAUCAAACACACAAUUUGGGGGUAUUUUAGCCAGAAAAGUGGGCUAUUAAUCCAACUACAAGACUCUCACUCAGUGAGAAUGAAAGAAAUCCACUGGGAGACCAAAACAGAGUCGUUGAUCCAAGACUACAGAGCAAUCAAUGGCGUCAACAUUGCUCACGGGGGCCGGACAACGGUGUGGCUGUCGAGUUUUGAUGACAAUAUCCCCGAGAGCCACAGCAGAAGCAGAAUGGAGGAGAUUUGGAGCGUUGAGGAGAUCGACUUCAACGUCAAGGGGCUGUCGAGGGAUUGCUUCCUGCCUCCCGCGGAAUUGGGUGAUUGCGAUGGUGGCGACGAUGAGGAUCGGCUGAGGUGUAAGGCUUUGGAUAAGUAUAGCAGAAGUUGUGCUUCGAGAAGUGGGAGGAGGAAGAAGGUGGUUGCAAUUGAUGAACACUAUGAUUUAGAUGAUCACCGUAGAUGACUCGAUCCCUGUCUUACUUAUUGAGGAUAAGUUCACUAACUCGCAAAUGACAAUUGGAUCGUAGAAUUAUGCUUUUUUGGCAUUGAUUUUAGAUUGUGGUCCGUGAAUAGUUAGUUUGUACUCCCUCCGUCCAAAAAAAUAGAUCACUUUGUGUAUGA